AUGUCGAUAGAGAAUUCAAAACUACAAAAGAACUCGUUGGCACUAUCAUUGUUAAAGGUAUACAAGUCCAAUAGAUCAUUACUAUUGAACACUUCCUAUAUAAUAUUGUUAACUGCUGCUUUUGCCGGUGCAACAAAUACAGGCAGAACAUCGUCAUCUUCAAGACCAUCAAACAAAGUUGAUAAUCAAGAUGAAAAAGAGUUGAAAAAGAAAUCCCAUAGAUUGUCAAAGGACUCAUUCAAUAGAUUGGCAAGAGCUAUUUUACCUUCAUUUCUUGAUAAAUCUAUAUUCUAUUUACUUGCCAAUUUAGUUUUGUUGGUUGUAAGAGCAUUGUUGACUAUUAGAGUUGCAACAUUAGAUGGUCAGUUAGUUGGUGCUCUUGUAUCCAAAAGAUUAAAAUUAUUUGGAAGAUAUUUGGCUUAUUGGAUGCUUCUUGGUAUUCCUGCAGCCUUUACUAAUGCGUUGUUGGAUUGGACAAAGCAAAAUUUGAGCAAAACAAUCAGAACUAAUUUGAAUCAAAACAUUAUGGAAGAAUAUUUACCUGACAGUUUAGAUGCAAAUUAUUAUUCUUUGAUGCAUUUAUCUGGGAAUAAAAUCAAGGAUCCAAAUCAAAGAAUCACCACUGAUGUUUCACGUUUGAGUUAUGCAUUAGCUAGUCUACCAGGACAAUUAUUGAAACCAACGUUGGAUUUGAUAUUAUGUGCUAGACAAUUGAGCAAAAGUGGAGUUGGUAAUGGAGAAGGAACUUUGGCUUUGGGAUUGUUGGCUCAUUUUUCAACUAUGAUUAUUCGUUUCUUUUCACCUCCAUUUGCUAAAUUGGCGGCAGAAAGAGCUAAUCUUGAAGGUCAGUUACGUUCUGCACAUUCCAAAAUUGUUUCUAAUAAUGAGGAAAUUGCAUUUUUGAGAGGCCAUUACAGAGAACUAGAUUAUAUCGAUUACUGUUACUACACUUUAGAACGAUUCUCUAAAGGUGAAUACUGGAAGAAAGCUAUUCAUGAAAUUGCCCAAACAUUUAUUGUUAAAUACUUUUGGGGUGCUGCAGGGUUGGUGUUGUGUUCAGCUCCAAUUUUUAUUGGAAAAUAUUUUGGGGAAUCUGACGAUAAGAAUGCAGCAGGAAACUUUAUUACAAAUAGAAGGUUGUUGUUAAGUGCAUCUGAUUCUUUGGAUCGUUUAAUAUAUUCUAGAAGAUAUUUGCUUCAAAUAGUUGGCCAUGCAAGCAGAGUUUCUGAUUUCUUGGAUACGUUAGAUGACGUUGAUCGCAAGAAAAAGACAAUUACCGCCAAUGUAAAAUAUAACAACAACGAGAUUACUUUUGAUAAGGUCAGACUAAUGACUCCAGCUGACGUUACGUUAAUUGAAAGUUUGGACUUUUCCAUCAAGUCAGGUGAUCAUUUAUUGAUUGCUGGACCAAAUGGAUCGGGAAAAUCUUCAUUAUUUAGAAUGCUUGGAGGAUUAUGGCCAGUUAGAGAAGGUGUGAUUACUAUUCCACAUACUGACAAUAUGUUCUAUUUGCCACAAAGAGCAUAUCUUGUUGAAGGCACAUUAAGAGAACAAAUUAUCUAUCCACAUGCACUCGAUCAACAAAAAAAGACUGAUAAUGAAUUGAAACAAAUUUUGCAAGUUUUGAAAUUGGAUGACUAUUUUGAUCAAUUGGAUUCUGAUAAAAGCUGGGGUGAAGAAUUGUCCAUUGGGGCUCAACAAAGAUUGGCUAUGGCCAGAUUGUAUUAUCAUAAACCUAAAUUUGCCGUGUUAGAUGAGUGUACUUCUGCUGUCUCACCUGAUAUGGAACAAUUUAUGUACAAGCAUGCUCAAGAAUUGGGAAUCACUGUUUUGUCUGUUGCUCAUAGAACUGCAUUAUGGCAUUUCCAUAAGUAUUUAUUGAAAUUUGAUGGUAAAGGUGGUUAUACUUUUGACAAAUUAGAUGAGGAAACGAUUUUGAAAUUACAAAAGGAAGGGUCAGGAUUAACAAAGAAGCUGGAAAAUACUAGCGAAUCCACAAAAUAA